AUGGACCUCAACUUCGCCCUUAGUCCAGCCUCCGCCCAAAAACUCCACGAAUCACUUGUUGCCCUCUCAAAGUUCAGCGAGUACGUUUCCCUCGAGGCCCGCCGCAAUAGACUAACACUUUCCUCCCUCAACUCUUCCAAAUCCGCUUACGCUGCUGUGACCCUCGCCGGGAACAAGUUCUUCGAAACGUACAAUUUCCCCGCGCCCUCGCCCUCGCAGGAUAACCGGUUUACAUGCCGCUUCUAUGCUAAAGCCCUGCUAUCUGCUUUUCGACAGCGCUACUUCGACAGUAAAUCCGGUGACACGGCCAUCGAGAGAUGCGAGGUGCGGUUCAUGGAGAAGGGGGAGUGUAGGAUGCUUGUGCGCUUGCUGUGCAAGAAUCGGGUGCUGAAGACGUAUCGUCUUACUUAUGAAGAGGUGGACGUCAUGCAUGCCGUGUUUGAUAAGGAUGCCGCGAGGAAUAUGUGGAUUGUCAAGGGGAGGUUGUUGAGGGAGUUUAUGGAGCAUUUCGGUCCAAAGGCGGAGCAGCUGGAUAUUUCCAGUGAGAAUCGGCGCGCCGCCUUUACGAGCUUUACCGAGAAAUUGGUUGAUGGGAAAGGUUUUUACACUCUGCGCAUGUAUGGGGUGGCUCGGCUGAUGGAACUAGAGAUACUGAAGCAGCCGUUGCAAACCUCUGUAUCCUUCGAUACGGCUGAUUUCGAUACCUUCGGCGCCGAGGAUGGGGUGCAUGUUGCCGUUAGUCUAAAAGAUUUUAAGGCUAUUGUCGCCCACGCAGAUUCACUUCAUGCCUCGGUGACGGCUUAUUACAGCGAUGCCGGUAAUCCGUUACAAGUCACAUACGAACAGGAAGGAAUGAAUUGUGAAUUCACACUCAUGACAUUGGGGGAUAAUAGGGCCUCCCAGGCAUUUGCUACAGCUAGGGUUGAGCAUCAACCACCUGCCCCUCCCCUUCCACCAACGGCUAUUCCUCCGCAAUCACGGGCAGAUACUCCUUCCCAACCUCGAGGUAUGAUGGACGCUCCAGGGGGUCUUGGGUCUCAAUCUGCGGGUAGUUUCCGUUCACAGCGCACGACAGAAGACAGAGUAAUACAGCCAGUAGAAGAGCACCAACCCAGCGGAUCGCUAUACCGUUCUCGACUGAAUGUUUCCGGGACGAGUUCCAGGCCUGGUUCGGCAUUCACUCAGCAGCAGGAGCCGGAACUCCCGCCAGUUCCGGCUAGUGCUGUGCCUCCUGAAGGCUUAUUUCUACCAUAUUCAAGUAGUGAUGAGGAGAGUGACGAUGAUCUUGGGAAGAUUGAAUGGGACGAACCGUUCCUUAGAUGGGAUACCAAUUUGAACAGCGACGACCAGCCAAGGCCGGUGGUCAGAAAUCAGUCACCUCCGCCGCCCCCACCACGUGUUCCACCACCGGCAGUAUCGCGGAAGAGGGCCCUCGAACCAAGUGGUGACACGACGCAGAGCGAGGAGGAUGAGGAAGAGGAGGAAAUGAAUGCGAAGACAGUCAUAGAAGCAGUUGGGCCCACGCAGGAUGUUUCUCAGGCCAGGGGGCUCUUUGACUAG